AACCGCCCCAAAAUAAAUGACAUCAUCAGCAGGCGCCACCUCCUCACUCGCGUGACCCGGAAGUGAAUAGUCAUGUGACCCUGCGUCUCGAAAAUCCUCAUGGAGAUACAUGUGCAUACUUUCAAUCACUUUUAAUCGUUUCACUGACUAACCGUGUAUUAACGUGCUCAGGUGACGGUUUAUAUUCACGCCAGUCGAUAUUUUAAUAAGUAGAAAUGAAGGGGAAAUGGAAGCAGAACAGCAAGAAGAAGAAAAACGCCGUUUUGGAGAAAUACAUGACUGCUGUGGGUGACUUUGUCAAAAGCAAAAGUGGCACAGAAGAAGCAGAGCACGACCAUGUGGUGAGGUUUGUGAAGAAGACGAGCAGAAAGGAGUUACGCAAGGAGAAGAGAAAGCUGAAAAAAGCCAAAAUGAAGAGUCAUUACGAGGGCAAAAAAACUCUCAGUUUGCCCUCUGGUGGCGGUGAGAACUCAGGUGAGAAACAGCCACAGGUGCCGAAAAAGAAGAAGAAGAAGAAAGUGAAGAAAGCAAGCGAAGAUGCAGAGCAGUGUGUUAGUGCUCCUGUAGAGGAGCCAGGCAAAUCUAAAACACCGAAAUCUUCCAAGAAAGCUAAGAAAGUGAACAAGCUGCAAGAGUCAAGAAAAAUGGCUCUUCAGGAAGCAAACGAACAAGAGGACAGAGAAAUAAAGAAACUUGAACGAUGCCUGGGAUUGAACAAAAGGAAAAACAAAAAAAGUCUCCCACAGUCCUUUGUGGCUGACGGACUUGAUUACAUCCUUGGUGUACUUGACUCUGGGUCCUCAGCUGGAGCUGUGUAUGACGAUGAUGAUGACAUGGAUAUGGCCAAAGCCAACUUUGAAAAGCUUGAUGAGAAUGACUCUGAGCUGUCAGAUGAAGAUCUUGGUGAUGGUAUGGCGAGUGAAGUCAGUGAUGAAGACAUGGACUCAUCCGAUAAUGAUGAUGAUGAGGAGGCGGAGGAGGAUGACAGGGUUGAUGAGGAGGAAGCAGCAGAGGAGGAAAUGGAGGAUGACCAAGAAGAGAUGGAUGAAAAUGAAGGAGAAACUGAAGAAGAAACAGAUACUUCUAACACAAAGACACCAGAAUCCAAGCCAGACACUGUCUCCUCGGCAACUGGAAAGUAUAUUCUGCCUCACUUGCGUAACAGUGGAGAUGACAAACGUAAAGCCGAGCUUGAAAAAUUACAGAGAAAUGUGAAAGGCCUGGUGAACAGGCUGAGCGAGGCCAACUUGGCGUCUAUCAGUGGUCAGUUAGAGGAGCUGUACAUGAGCUGCAGCAGGAAGGAUAUGAACGACACACUGACAGAGGUGCUGCUUGCUGCCUGCGUCAUGCCGACCCUGAUGCCUGACAGACUUCUGAUGGAGCACGUCCUGCUGGUCAGCAUCCUCCAUCACACCGUCGGACUGGAGGUGGGAGCCAAUUUCCUGGAGACAGUUGUGCGAAAGUUUGACGAGUUGUACAAGAACCCAAGUGAAAGCAAAGAGUGUGACAACCUGGUGGCCAUCAUCGCUCACCUCUACAAUUUCCAGGUGGUGCAUUCUCUCCUCAUCUUCGACAUCCUCAAACUCUUAGUGGCAACGUUUACAGAGAAAGACAUUGAGUUAGUUCUGUUUGUGCUGAAAAAUGUCGGCUUCGCCUUGAGGAAAGACGACGCUCUGGCACUGAAGGAACUCAUCUCUGAAGCCCAGCGCAAGGCCAGUGAUUUGGGGACAAAGUUUCAGGACCAAACCAGGGUGCGGUUCAUGUUGGAAACCAUGUUAGCUUUAAAGAACAAUGAUAUGCGGAAAAUCCCAGGCUAUGACCCCGAGCCAAUGGAGAAACUGAGGAAGUUGCAGAGGACUUUGAUCAGCCGCAACGCUGGAGGCAGCGACGUGAAACUGCGGGUUUCUCUGGACAACCUCCUGGUCGCGGAGCAAGUCGGCCGCUGGUGGAUCGUCGGCUCCUCGUGGAGCGGAGCUCCCAUGAUCGGCGAACCAGGGAACACAACCACAAAACAGAACACUGCUGAGGGACAGUUUAGUGGCAAAGUUUUAGAGCUAGCGAGGAAACAGCGGAUGAACACAGAAGUCAGAAGAAACAUCUUCUGUGUUCUUAUGACUAGUGAAGAUUACCUGGAUGCUUUUGAGAAACUGCUGAGGAUGGGGCUGAAGGAUAAGCAGGAGAGAGAGAUCGUCCAUGUUCUAAUGGACUGUUGUCUGCAGGAAAAAACCUUUAACGCCUUCUACGCCGUUCUCGGUGAAAAGUUCUGCUCCCACGACCGUCGCUUCCAGAUGACUUUUCAGUUCAGCCUAUGGGACAAGUUCAGGGAACUGUCCAGCCUUCCCAGCAGCACCUUCAACAACCUGGUCCAGCUGGUCACACACUUCCUGCAGGGAAAGAGCCUCUCGCUCUCCAUACUCAAAGUAAUAGAGUUUGGGGAACUCGAUAAGCCCACAGUGCGCUUCCUGCGUCAGGUGCUGAUCAAACUACUAAAAGACACUGAACCAGAGAACCUGGUGGGCAUUUUUGCAAGGAUCUCAGGAAUUCCCAAGCUAGGAAUGCUGCGAGAGGGCUUGAAGCUUUUCAUCAGCCAUUUCCUGCUGAAGAAUGCCCAGUCACAGGGACCAGCUGAGCAAGCAGCGAUGCUGUCGGAGCGCGCCCAGGUCGCCACCACGGCCAUGGAGGCCAAAGAGGCCAAGCUCAAACUGUAAAACACACGGCAAUAGACGUACUUUAAAACCAGAACUGUGGAACAUAAGGGGACUUGUUGGGAGUGAAAUGCAGCAUCUUAAUGUUUAUUUAAAAAAAGAAAAAAAUAUCUCUUUGGAUAUUGAAUCAGUGUCUUUGUACAUAUUUUUAUUCUUUAAAUCUGCUUUAAUUUUGGGGACUAUUUUGGACUAAAUUCCUGUAGAUGUAGUUUGUGUAAGUUUGAUAGCGCUUCAUAUCAAAUUUUACAUACCUCACAGAGAAGUUGUUCACGGUGGUGCAUUAUGUGUUCGUAAAACUAAUUUUACUCUAUUAAAGUAGAGUGUUUGAA